AUGGAGGACGCCCCACCGCACCACAUUCCAUCCGCACCGGUCACGAAGGAAACGAUUCCGCUCAUCGAGAAGGCACCCAAAACGCGCUGGUUCAGCUGCUGGUGCUGGGCAUGGCGAAAAUGGUGUGCCUCGAAGGAACUGAAACCCCGCACGAUCUACAUCGGGCGGCCACUCACGGAAAAGUUUCCACCGAACGAGAUCCGCAACCAGAAGUACAACAUUUUCACCUUUCUGCCGCUAGUGCUGUUCGAGCAGUUCCGCUUCUUUCUAAAUCUGUACUUCCUCAUCAUGGCCGUCAGCCAGUUCAUACCGGAAAUUCGUAUCGGGUACCUUUACACCUACUGGGGUCCACUCGGGUUUGUGCUGGCUGUGACGAUAUGUCGUGAGGCGGUCGAUGAUCUUCGGCGACACAAACGCGACCGAGAGGUAAACUCGCAGAAGUACAAACGGUUUGCCAGCGCCGAUAAACCACCGGAAUCUGUCUCGUCUUCGAAACUCCGUGUCGGUGACAUCAUUAUGGUGGAAAAGGAUGAACGAGUACCGGCGGAUUUGAUACUUCUGCGUACAAGCGAUAAAAGUGGAGCCGUGUUUGUGCGUACCGACAUGUUGGAUGGGGAGACGGACUGGAAGCUGAGACUGGCAGUUCCGGCAACUCAGAAACUUGCCUCCCAUGGUGAACUGCUCACGGUGAAUGCAUCGCUGUACGUUGAGAAACCACAGCGGGACAUACACACGUUCAUCGGAACUUAUUCAAAGCUCGGUGGAACGGAAGAUGAAGGGUUGAAUGUGGAAAACACACUCUGGGCAAAUACGGUCGUCGCAUCCGGCACGGCAGUUGGUAUCGUAAUCUACACUGGGAGUGAAACGCGCAGCGUCAUGAACAAUUCGCAACCCCGCUCGAAAGUGGGUCUGCUCGAUCUGGAAAUUAAUAAUCUCACAAAGGUCCUGUUCUGUGCCGUCAUCGGGCUGUCGUUCGCCAUGAUGUGUCUGAAGGGAUUCAACGGGCCCUGGUAUCGCUAUAUGUUCCGGUUCGUGCUGCUGUUUUCCUACAUCAUCCCGAUCAGCUUGCGUGUGAACCUCGACAUGGGCAAAGCGUUCUACUCGUGGCAAAUUCAAAAUGACGAUGAAAUCAAGGGUACGGUGGUGCGUUCCACUACUAUCCCGGAAGAGCUGGGGCGCAUGUCGUAUCUGCUUACGGAUAAAACUGGCACCCUAACGCAGAACGAGAUGAUCUUUAAGAAAAUCCACGUCGGUACGGCUGCGUACGGGCGGGACACUUUCCCGAUGGUGUCGGCUGCCAUACAGUCCGUGUAUGGGACACUUACGACACCGGCCGAUGCAUCACCAGACGAUCACGGUGCCGAGUAUCAACCGCGACUACGCAAACCGGACGGAUGGCGUAUUUGGGAGUCAGUUAAAGCUCUCGCACUCUGUCACAACGUUACGCCCGUGUACGAAAGUAGCAGCAGUAACGGUGGAAGUAGCUCUCUGUCUUCCACCUCCGGCACGGAACGACGACAAUCACCUUCCCGGUCAAUUUCCGUAGAAAGCCAAGCCGGUGAACCAUCGGCCGGCAAGACGACUACAACGGAGAAAACGUACCAAGCAUCCAGCCCGGAUGAGAUCGCACUGGUAAAGUGGACGGAAUCGAUCGGAUUGACGCUGGUGCAGCGGGACCUGAACACGAUGACGCUACAGAUACGCGACGCUACGCGCGAAAGUAACGGGUUGAUGAAGUACCAAAUACUGCAAACGUUCCCGUUCACGAGCGAAAACAAGCGCAUGGGAAUUAUAGUGCGCGAGCUAAAUGGUGGCGAGAUCACCUUCUAUCUGAAAGGUGCCGAUGUCGUUAUGUCCGGCAUUGUGCAGUACAAUGAUUGGCUGGCGGAGGAAAGUGGCAAUAUGGCACGCGAGGGUCUCCGAACGCUCGUAGUAGCAAAAAAGGUAUUGUCGGAGGAACAUUACAAUGAUUUCGUGAUGCGUUACAAUGCGGCUAAGGUGAGCGUUACCGAUCGCGUUACAAAGGUGGCCGCCGUUAUCGAGAGUCUCGAGCGUGAGAUGGAACUCCUCUGCCUGACCGGUGUCGAGGAUCGGUUGCAGGAACGGGUACGACCAACGCUCGAGCUGCUGCGUAACGCGGGCAUUAAGAUUUGGAUGUUGACCGGCGAUAAGCUCGAGACGGCCACCUGUAUUGCAAAGUCGUCGCAUCUUGUCGGGCGCAAUCAAAGCAUACACGUGCUGAAGAGUGUGCUCACACGCACGGACGCCCAUCUGGAGCUGAACCAGUUCCGGCGGAAGCAGGACUGUGCGCUGGUUGUGUCCGGUGAGAGCCUUGAGGUGUGCCUGCAGUACUAUCAGCCCGAGUUUAUGGAGCUAGCGACGGCCUGCCCGGCGGUCGUGUGCUGUCGAUGCAGUCCCACGCAAAAGGCACAGGUCGUAUCGCUGAUUCAAAAGUACUCGAAAAAGCGCACGUGUGCCGUUGGUGAUGGUGGCAAUGAUGUGAGCAUGAUCCAGCAAGCAGAUGCGGGUAUUGGGAUUGAGGGACGUGAAGGCAAACAAGCGUCACUGGCGGGAGAUUUUAGUAUACCGCAGUUUUCGCACAUUGCCCGGCUGCUGAUCGUGCACGGUCGGCGUUCGUACAAGCGUUCCGCUGCCCUUUCGCAGUUCGUCAUCCAUCGAGGGUUGAUCAUAUCGACCAUGCAGGCCGUCUUUUCGGCCGUGUUCUAUCUGUCUUCGGUGGCGCUUUAUCAGGGGUUUCUGAUGGUCGGGUACGCGACACUGUACACAAUGUUUCCGGUGUUUUCACUCGUGCUCGAUCAGGACAUUAGCGCGAACAUUGCGAUCACGUAUCCCGAGCUUUAUAAGGAGCUGUCCAAGGGUCGCAGCUUAAGCUACAAAACGUUCUUCAUGUGGGUGUUGAUCAGUAUCUAUCAAGGCGGUGUGAUCAUGUACGGUGCGCUGAUUUUGUUUGAGGACGAGUUCAUUCAUAUCGUAGCAAUCAGUUUUUCGGCCCUCAUUCUUACGGAGCUGAUAAUGGUUGCAUUAACCAUUCGUACGUGGCACAAAUUGAUGGUUAUAGCGGAACUGUUCAGUCUAGUGCUGUACAUCGUCUCUCUUGCCGUGCUGCACGAAUACUUCGACUGGGAGUUUAUCUGGUCGUGGGAUUUCCUGUGGAAAGUGCUGGUCAUCACACUCGUCUCCUGUCUUCCGCUGUACAUUCUAAAAUUCCUGCGCAAAAAGUUCUCACCACCAUCGUAUUCGAAGCUCUCCUAA